GAAGAGGAAGCUCAGACCUCACAGCUUCAUCAGAGACAAACUCAACACAUGGAAGGCAGGAACUCGCAUCCACUUUUACGACCAGAGACUGAAGACCAGACUGGAGACCCUUCUGAACCUGAGACUGAUAACAGUGCUGAUUGGAAGGAGACCAGAGAACCUCAGUCAGCUUUAAACUCUCUGAAACAUGAUUCAAGACGUAAGAAAACAUUCAGCUGCUCGGAGUGUGGGAGGAAAUUUGGCUUCAAGUCACAUCUGAAGAAACAUAUGAGAAGUCACACAGGAAAACCUUUCAGUUGCUCAGUUUGUAAGAAAUAUUUUAAACAGAAUGGAGAUUUACAGAAACACACGAGAAUCCAUACAGGAGAGAAGCCUUUCAGCUGCUCUGAGUGUGGAAAAAGAUUUUGCUACAAGACACAUCUGAAGACACACAUGAUAACUCACACAGGAGAGAAAGCUUUCAGCUGCUUGGUCUGUAAGAAAUCUUUUACAGAGAGAAAAAGUGUAACGACACACAUGAGAAUCCACACAGGAGAGAAACCUUUUAUUUGCUCUGAGUGUGGAAAAAGAUUUAACUACAACUCAAAUCUGAAGAACCACUUGAGAACUCAUACAGGUGAAAAACCUUUCAGCUGCUCAGUUUGUGAUCAAAGAUUUGGCCGCAAGCAACAUCUGCAGACACACAUGAUAACUCAUACAGGAGAAAAACCUUUCAGCUGCUCAUUAUGUAAGAAAUCUUUUACACAGAGUGGAAGUGUAAAGGCACACAUGAGAAUCCACACAGGAUAUAAACCUUUUAUUUGCUCAGAGUGUGGAAAAAGAUUUUUCUACUCGUAUCAUCUGAAGACUCACAUGAUGACUCAUACAGGAGAGAAACCUUUCAGCUGCUCUGUCUGUAAGAAAUCUUUUACACAGAGUAGCCAUUUAAAAUAUCACAUGAAACAACACACAGGAGAGGAACAGUCUACUUCCUGUGUUAGUGACAUCAGAAAGCAGCAGGAGUGGAGCUCCAGUGGGGACCAGCAGCAGCCAGAGAAUCUCAGCCAGGUUGGAACUCUCUGAACCAUAGAAAUAAAAUGGAUAGAAAGGCCAUUUCCAUUCAAUCAACUUAGCAUAAAGGUCAGAGUUGCAGCCAUUUUUAUGUGUACCAUUGCUGAUAGGUUGCAUAUUUCAGCAUUCAGGUUUUCAAAUGUAUUUCAUAUCUUGUAUGUAGGGUACCACACAAGGUUAGUUUGGGAACCUUCCACCACAGGAAUAGAUUAGAAUGUGUGAAUCUAUUAGGAGCAUCGGCCAUAAAAGGUGUAGUUUAA